UUUCCCAGCGGUGUUUCAGAUUCGAGGUCGUGCUUUGCGAUUUCAGCUAUUCUAAAGCCAGCUGUGUGUUACACGUAUCGAAGUUUAGCGGAAAAGUUGGUAGAUCACGAUGGCUUCAGCGGGCGCUUGUUUCUACGGACGUGUGGCCUUGGUAACUGGAGGUGCAAGCGGCAUUGGCCAAGCAGUCUGCAACACCCUGGCCGCCGGCGGGGCCAUCGUGGUCGUUGCUGACAAGCAGCUCGAGGCAGCCCGAAAGGUUGCCCUGUCUCUGCCAGGUGACGCCAACCACCAGGCCAUGUUUGUCGACGUGGGUGAAUCGGUGUCCGUGGAGCAGCUCUUCGACAACAUCAGGAGUGCGUUCUCCGAGCCGCUGAGCAUAGUCGUCCACUGUGCCGGUAUACUGGGCACGGCACUACUCUGCGAGUGCACGGACGAGCUCUUUGAUGACGUCAUCAGGGUGAAUUUGAGGGGUACGUUCCUGGUGAAUCGUGCAGCUGCCCGUGAUAUGCGCCGAUCUGGGACGCCACUUCCGAAAGCGGGAGCAGCCAUCGUGAACAUAUCCAGCAUUGUGGCGAAGUGCUGCUCUGAGUCAUCAGCCACGUACGCCGCCGCGAAGGCCGGUGUCGUUGCGCUGACCAAGUCUGCGGCGGCGGAGCUUGCGGAGCACGGCAUCCGCUGCAACGCAGUGAUGCCUGGAUGGGUGGAGACUCCUUUCAUGGCUCACGCUGGUGCAGCCCUCAAGGCUAAAGCCAUAUCGAGCACACCGCUCAGCAGGACCGCCCAGCCAUGGGAGAUAGCCGAAGCAAUCAAGUUCCUCUGCUCACCGGCUGUGAGCUCCUUUAUCACGGGAGCUACUCUUGAGGUCACCGGAGGAUACUACAUGUGAAUUGUUUUUCUGAUAUUUAUUAAUCAACAAAGCAA